ACACAUUUUUUUGGUUUUCCUUGAGUAUUUUGUUUAUUGACAUUUUUUGUUGCACAUUGUAAAAUUGCAUUAAUUUGAAUUGUAACGCAUACGCCAUGGUGUUCUGGACGUUAGUGAUUGGUGCGAUCAUAAUCGCUUGGCUCUACAAACUAAAUAAGGAUUAUGUGGUGCUGACAUUAUUUUCUAAGCGGGUGAAAACAGCUGACGGCACGCCCUUGGAAAAUUCAGUGGCGCUGCCCAAAGGACGCACAAUAUUUGGCAAUGCCUUCGAUUUCGCUUUAUCCCCUGAUAACAUGUUCGACUUCUCGCGCCAACUUGCUGAUGAAAUGAAGCGCAGUUAUCUACAAUAUGGAUUAUUCACAUCUUUUUACAACAUAAUCACCGCUGAGGAUGCUGAACUAGUGAUGAACGAUCAGAGUCUGAUUAAGAAGAGUAUUAUUUAUAAUUUUUUGGUGCCGUUCUUGAAUAGAGGACUGCUAACGUCAUCAGGUAAAAAAUGGCACUCUCGUAGAAAAAUGCUGACUCCUGCCUUCCACUUUAAUAUACUUGGACAAUUUGAAGAAAUUUUUAAAGAGGAGAGUAAAAAAUUUGUGGAGAGCUUGGAAGCCGGCGAUUUGAGUUCUGUAACCUUAAACGAUAUCAUACCAAAAUUUACACUGAACGCCAUUUGUGAGACCGCAUUGGGUGUCAAGUUGGAUGAGCAAAUGAAUGCCGAUCAAUACCGUGCCAGCUUCAAAAUGAUCGAAGAAGUAUUCUUGAUGCGUUUCCGUAAUCCAUUUUAUAUCCUCGAUUCCUUAUAUAAAGUAUUCUUAGCGCCUAAAAUUGCGAAACACAUUUCAAUUGUGCAGAAUUUCUCCAGUGAGGUAAUUGACAAGCGACGUCAAGUUUUCGCGGAAGAGCCAGAGCAUAGUGAAGACAAGGCGGAUGACAACCAAAGCUUCUAUACGAAAAAACGCUACGCCAUGUUGGACACACUGCUGCGCGCCGAACGCGAUGGACUCAUUGAUCAUGUGGGCAUAUGUGAGGAAGUGGACACAUUUAUGUUUGAAGGCUACGACACCACAUCGAUGGCGCUCUUAUUUUCACUUAUGAACCUUUCAUUGUAUCCGGAAAUGCAAGAACGCUGCUAUCAAGAAAUACUUGAACAUGUUGAAGAUGAUUUGAGCCAAUUGGACAUUCAGCAGCUAGCCAAACUGAAGUUUCUGGAGUGUUUCAUUAAGGAGACCCUACGUCUAUACCCCUCAGUGCCGGUUAUAGGGCGUGAGGUUGCGAAUGACACCCGCCUUGCCAAUAACCUAAUAUUGCCGAAAGGUUCUCAAGUAAUCAUACAUAUAAUAGAUAUCCACCGAAGUGCUAAGUACUAUGAAAAUCCUAAAAAAUUCGAUCCGGAACGUUUCGCGCCUGAAGCGUCAGCCGGUCGACAUCCUUUCGCGUACGUGCCAUUCAGCGCAGGACAAAGAAAUUGUAUCGGACAAAAAUUCGCUAUGCUGGAGCUCAAGACGGUUUUGGUUAACAUCAUAAAGAAAUUCAAAAUUUUACCUCUGAAGAAGGAUCAAGAUGUAAAGCUCGAAGCCGGCAUGAUUAUAAGGACACCAAAUAUCAUUAAAGUGAAAUUGGAAAAAAGAGUUUAA